UCAUUCAAGUGUUGUUGACUAGAUGUUCAUUCACAAAACCAUCUGCAUCAACAACUCUUUAUAAUUUAACAAAAAAAUGUGAAUUAACUCAACAAACUCAUUUAUAGCAAAUAAUCGUUAACCCUAAAGUGAUAUACGUGUACUUAACUCGUCUAUAUUUUGUUGCAUUUUUUUCCAAAUUAAUUUUCUGUCGCCGCGAUUCAAACAUUAGUGAAGGCAACAUCAAUUUAGGGACAAUUGAAUACAAUCUGAAUAAAAGUGCAAAUUCUAUGUUUUCCAUUUGUGAAAUUCUAGUUCAAAAACUAAAACCAAUUCGUCUAUAACACAGUCGUCUCCCAUCACCUUCUUGGAAAUCGUGUUUCAUCAAUUACACUAAAUAAAUUCCGUCACUGGGGUUUUUUUCUCUUCAAUUUUUGUUGUUGUUGUUGUUUCUACUGAAACAUGUCUGAAGAACUAAAAAUUACGAAGAUAUGUUGCAUCGGUGCCGGAUACGUUGGUGGUCCGACCUGCAGUGUUAUGGCUUACAAGUGCCCAAACAUUCGAAUAACUGUGGUGGACAAAAGUGUUGAACGUAUCGAUGCAUGGAAUUCGGAUAAAUUACCUAUUUAUGAGCCUGGUCUAUUCGAAAUUGUCAAGGAACGACGAAACAAGAAUUUAUUUUUCUCCACGGACAUUCAAACUGCCAUUAGAGAAGCCGAGCUAAUAUUCAUUUCGGUCAAUACGCCAACGAAAGAUUUCGGCAAUAGUCGCGGUCGAGCAGCUGAUCUGAAAUAUGUGGAAGAUGCUGCUCGAAUGAUUGCCGAAAUAGCUCAGAGCAGUAAAAUUGUUGUCGAGAAAAGUACGGUUCCUGUAAGAGCUGCCGAAAGCAUUAUGCAUAUCUUACGAGCCAAUCAGAAAGCAGGUGUUAGGUAUGACAUUUUGUCAAAUCCGGAGUUCUUAGCCGAAGGUACGGCCGUUGCAGAUUUGAUCAAUCCUGAUCGAGUGCUAAUUGGAGGUGAACAAACUGACGAAGGUUUCAGAGCAAUCGAAACGCUGUCCUGGGUCUAUGAGCGCUGGAUUCCAAAAGAACGAAUUUUGUCAACGAAUACAUGGAGCUCGGAAUUAUCAAAAUUGGCCGCAAAUGCAUUUCUCGCACAAAGAAUAUCGAGUAUUAAUUCGUUGUCAGCCGUUUGUGAAGCGACUGGAGCCGAUGUAUCGGAGGUAGCCAAGGCUGUCGGCUUGGACUCUCGCAUUGGAUCGAAAUUUCUCCAAGCAUCCGUGGGUUUUGGAGGCAGCUGCUUUCAGAAAGACAUUCUCAAUUUAGUGUACAUUUGCGAAGGACUUAAUUUACCCGAAGUCGCAGCCUAUUGGCAACAAGUCAUUGAUAUGAACGAGUAUCAGAAAACCAGAUUUACUCAGAAGAUAAUCGAAUGUCAAUUUAACACCGUUUCUGAUAAACGAAUCGCCAUUUUUGGAUUUGCAUUUAAGAAAAACACAGGUGAUACGCGUGAAACGCCCGCAAUUACUGUGUGCAAAAUUCUACUCGAAGAGCGUGCCAAGUUGGAAAUUUACGAUCCAAAAGUUGAAUCAGAACAGAUUUUCAAUGAUUUGACGAGUCCAUCAGUAACUGACAAUCCGGAGAAAGUCCGGGAAGCUGUACGAGUGCAUUCAAAUCCUUACAGUGCUGUUGAACGGGCACAUGCUAUUGUCGUUUGUACUGAAUGGGACGAGUUCCAGGCCUUAGACUACCACAAAAUCUACGAUUCAAUGAUGAAACCGGCAUUCAUAUUCGACGGUCGCAAAAUACUGAACCAUGAUGCGCUACAGAAGAUCGGAUUCCACGUUCAAACGAUUGGUAAAAAAUUGAAUCGUGUUGGUCUUCUCAGAUCUUGGGGUACGGUUCCACAGUUUAAUUAAGGUGGUUUAGUUAGUCGGGCGCAGUUAUGUGGAUCUGAGCGUGAGAAAAAAAGUAUUAAUGAGAGUAAAUGCACGUCAAGCGUGCCAAAAACCAAAUUAUGAAAAAUCUCGAUUUAUUUUAAAACAAAACGAAAGAUUUUAUUCGGCAAUAUGUUUCAGAGAAAUUUGUAGUUAGAUCGCCAUGACUUUAUUCGUAACACUUUAGUAUUACGCUCUUAUAUUUUUAAGAAAUAUUAACGGUCGAAGCUACAAAGUUAAGCAAACAAUUUUUUUUUUCUGAUUCAAUCUUAUACUUAAUAAAGUGACAUAUCGUAAUCGCUUGCA